CCUGGGUUUCACCACUCCCUGGCCCAACCUCCCUUGACUUCUCAUGCACUAGUUUGCACAGCGCCCCUCCUUCCCAGGAUGAGUCAGUAAGCAGAGGGCGUUGGUUCAGCUUCCUAUUGAUGUCCAGUCUUGUUACAUUGCAGCGACAGGCAGGAGCGAGCAGCUGCCAUCAUCAGUCCAGGUCCAGGAACAGAGCCACACGAUGAGCGCAGCCAAGGACACCACACAAGCAUCAUCCGCUGCUGCUGCAGGAACUGAGGGCCAGCAUGACACCAGUGCUGCCAAGGCCUUUUAUGACAGCAUUGCCUCCAAGAAGAAGCCCAAGCUGCCCAAGCCCCAGAAUGCGAUCACCAUCGCUGUGUCAUCCCGGGUUCUGUUCAACAUGUUUAAGGAGAGGAAGAUGUAUGAAGAAGAAGGGGUGGAGAAGUAUGUGAUCUACCAACAGGAACAUGAAGAGGAACCUCUCGAGACUGGGCCUGCAUUUCCCUUCGUGAAGGCUGUGGAGGAGGUGAACAAGCAGCUGUAUUUGCUUUAUCCGGAUAGCGAAGAGCUCUUUGAUAUUGUACUGAUGACCAAUAACCAUGCCCAGGUCGGUGUACGGCUCAUAAACAGCAUCAAUCACUAUGGUUUGAACAUUGAACGAUUCUGCAUGACGGGAGGGAAGAGCCCGAUCGGGUACCUAAAGGCGUACCUCACCAACCUGUACCUAUCGAAGGAUUCAGAGAAGGUACAAGAGGCCAUUCAGGAAGGAAUUGCAGCCGCCACUAUGUUUGUUUCCAAACGAGACAUUGUUCUACCCGAGAAUGAGCUGAGAGUGGCUUUCGAUGGGGACGCUGUCCUGUUUUCUGACGAGUCCGAGCAGAUUGUUAAAGAACAUGGACUGGACACUUUCUUCGAACAUGAGAAACAAUUUGAGAACAAGCCACUGGCACAGGGUCCACUGAAAUGCUUUCUAGAAGCACUAGGUAGACUUCAGAGAAAGUUCUAUGCUAAAGAUGCCCGUCUGAAGUGCCCCAUAAGGACCUAUCUUGUGACUGCCAGAAGUGCUGCCAGCUCUGGUGCCCGAGUCCUGAAGACCUUGCGUGCCUGGGGUCUGGAGGUGGAUGAAGCACUUUUUCUUGCAGGGGCUCCCAAAGGACCAAUUUUAGACAAGAUUCGACCUCAUCUUUUCUUUGAUGACCAGAUGUUCCACAUAGAAGGUGCCCAAGAACUGGGUACAAUUGCAGCUCAUGUUCCUUACGGGAUCGGUCAAAAGUAUCAUAAAUCAACCUUAAAGGAGGAAGCCAAGAAGGAACCAGAAAAGAAAUAAAGAAUGUUCUUCUUUUUAAGCACACUUGUAUGUAAAUAGUAUGGUAUCUUCUGUAGGUGUUUUUAUGAUUAAGCAAAUGAUCCCAAUCCACUGUUUGAGUUAUUUAAGAAAUCGAUCAUUGGCCUUGAGGAAGCUAUGGAUGGACAGAUGCCUCACCAACACUAACUAUCUACUCAUCCUUGAAGCCACAGUUUUGUUAGCACUAUGGAAGGGGUCCAAUCCUUUCCUGUUGGAAGGUGGAAUAAUUAUUAUCAACAUGUUUGAUGGCAAACCUUUAGAAAAGCUCUCAAUGUCCUACCAACAAUGGCUCAAUGAUUGGAU